UAUAUUUUCAUCGGGGCCUUUGUGCCCAGUGUAAGUGUAGGAGAUAAACACGAUGAUCGUUCAUACUAUUGCUGUUCUUUUUUCUGUUCUUGCUCAUCCCUCCUUUCCUUCUCUUUGACCAUCACGCUCAUUGCGCCAUUCUUUCAUUCCACUCUCAUCCACAUUACUUUGCUAUUCCAUCCUAAUGGGCCAAUAGAUACUUUCUACCACACUUGAAAAAAAGAAAGGUUUUUCUUGCACACCACACAUUUUUUAUUUUUCUUACUCCACUUCACAUCUCCGCACCUUACACCUUUAUUCAAACGUGGUUGUCGCAACCCCUUCGCGAGUCAUCAAUAUACAUUUUCAUCCCCACCAUGGCCGAUGUAUCUCAAGGACAGGGACAACCUCAGGGGCAACAGCAACCGCAACCGCGACCGCACAAGGCCCUCCACAAAAAGACCUCUUUCUUCUUCAUGCCUCAUGCCCGCACAACCGCACCGCCAACACCAACGUCGCCUCCUUCGCCCACCCUCACCAAACCGCUAACGCCCAUGACUACCACCAAAAAUAUCUCCUCCUCCUUCCCGGGCGCGUCUUUAGUUCAGCACGCCUGGCCAAAGGCCACUGUCGCUGUCCAGUACCUCUCAUCACGCUCCCCUACUGCCACCUCUCAUUCAAACUCAUCUUCGAAGACAUAUCUACAUACCCACGUACGAUCCCUCUCCUGUGCCUCCACAACAACGCUCGUCCCUUCGUCUCCUAUAACAGGUGCACACAGCAGCUACAUCAACAGCAGUAGUAGUGGUAGUAGUCCGAAGCAUGAGGUCUGUCUCCCACCAACACCUCAACAGGACAACCCCGGCUACGCCCUGGCAGCAUCUGCAAUCCCUUUAAACGAAAGCACCAACAGUAUCAACAAUAGUAGCAGUAGUCAACAAAGCACAAUAUAUCAGAGCAGCAAUCUGCCGGUCGCACGAUCGAUGGAUCAAUUUGUAGUACUGGAGGAGCUGGGCAACGGCUCGUUUGGGUCGGUCUUCAAGGCGCGGCACAAGGUGUCGGGCGAGCUGGUUGCCAUCAAGAAGAUGAAGAAAAGGUUCACGUCCCAAAGCGAAUGUCGCUCUUUACUGGAGGUUAAGGCCCUUGAAGCGCUUCGCUCUGGACCCAAUAUCGUUAAACUGCAUCACUUCUUUUUAGAGAAAAAGGAGCUUCACAUGGUCUUUGAGCUCAUGGAGGGAAACCUCUACCAAUUGAUCAAGGAUCGGAACGGGGUCAAGUUAGAGGAGUCUCGGGUCAAGAGCAUGGUUUUCCAAGUCCUCCGCGGGCUACAGCACAUGCACUCCAAAGGAAUUAUGCAUCGCGAUAUGAAGCCGGAGAAUAUCUUGGUUUCAGGGGAUAUGGUCAAGGUCGCAGACUUGGGCCUCGCAAGAGAGCUCAAGAGUCGGCCACCCUAUACAACUUAUGUCAGCACGCGGUGGUAUCGAGCUCCAGAGGUGUUAUUGAGAUCAUCGGCUUAUACUUGUGCGGUCGAUCUGUGGGCAGCUGGAACCAUCGCUGCAGAGUUGAUUACCUUGAAACCACUUUUCCCGGGCAACAGUGAUGUGGAUCAAGUGAGUCGGAUAGGCAACAUCCUUGGCAACCCUACUCCUCGUUCUCCAGUGGAUAUGACCAACGAGACGCUCUGCGGUCAGACGGGGAAGAUUGGUGGUGAAUGGAAAGACGGUGUUCAGCUCGCUGUCCGUAUGGGCUUCACAUUUCCUGUUGCGCCGGUGCGCUCAUUACGGGAUAUUAUGCCUAACGCACCCGAGGAAGCGCUCGAAUUAAUCACAGGAUUGCUACAAUACGAACCCAAGGGUCGUCUCACUGCCUAUCAAGCACUUCAUGCCAACUGGUACAAGGAUUUACCCGAGGCAGAAGACCUGAAGUUCUUGACGGAUAUCAUUCAGCAAUCACCGGACAAGCGGAGGAGUAUGUUUGCGGCCCUGCGACCUGCGGCAUUCAAGAAGGAGAGCAAACAAAGCAAGGACAGGAAGCGAGGGUUGUCGCUGCCGAGCAAUAUCGACAAACCGACCAUAGCAGCCAUGGUUCUACGACCGGAAUCGCUACACAUGCCAGAGAGUCGGAAUGAGACAGUAUCCGAUGCAGUAUUGCAGCACCGGCAACAACAACAACUACAGCAGCAGCAACAACAACAACUACAGCAGCAGCAACAACAACAACAACAACAACAACAACAACAACAACAGCAACAUCUACAGCAACAUAUACAGCAACAACAGCACUCGCAGCAGCAACGGGAGGUUGAGGAGCACCAGCGGUUUCUACUGCUGCAGCCGCAACAGGUCGGAACCUUGGACCCGGAAUUCGACCUUCCUAUCAUCUCACCUACAUCACCAUUUUGGAACGAUGGUUAAGCUCGUACUUUUCUGAGUGAUUUCAGACAAGACAUCGAUGCCUGCAUGAAGGAUUCUUCAUAGCAACUUGUACAGUACCGAGGCCAAUAUCGGCCUCACGCACUGGGAUCUUCAUUCGCCAAUCUUUUUUGAAGAAUGACAUGCCCACCAUUGUAAUGAUAGACAAUUCGCAUGGUUAAUAUAAACCAUAUAUACC